UAUUCCUAAAUUCCUACACAGUUGAUAUAUAAUCUCAUCUCCAUCUUAAGAAAGAUGUAACACAGUUGUUUCAUCUCCCUAAAUAGCUAUGGCCUCUCUCAAAUUUGGCCUCUUUCUCCUUGCCAUCUUCUUCCUUUCUUCUCCGGCGCGCUCGUGUGGCGAUGAUGACGAUGAUCUUCUUAAAUGCCUCAACUGUCACAGAGCAUUCUUAGACCUGCCAACUUUCACCAAGAACACAAAAGCAGAAUGUCUGGCUGAUGAAGUUGCUAAAAAUCUAGAGAAGAAAUCAUGUGAAGAAGCCAAAGACAGUAAUCCGUAUGAGCUAGACAAGCAUCCUGAGCUAUUAUCCAAGUGUGACAUCAACGUUAGUCACACUAAAGACGGUGUCGUGUUGCCUGUUUGCGUGCCGAAGUUGGAUCUAAUUGCAGUGUUUACUAAUUACACACGAACCUAUUUCGCUAAGUACAUAAAUGAUUCCAAGUUUGCUGAAGCUGGAGUUGCUAGUAAUGGUGAUUGGAUGGUGGUGGCUUUGAGCACAAACACCCCAGGAGGUGACUUUGCAGGAGCCAACGGUUUGGUUUCCAUGAUUGGUUUGGGUCAUUGCUUGGUUUCUUUCUUGGUGGGGAUGCUUGUUUUUGCUGAAGUGCCUUUGGGUUGGUGGUAAUUAACUAAUUCCCACAUGGCAACAAGUUUGCUAAAUUGUUUGAAUGUAUUAAUUGUGAUUUUUGUAUUAUAUUGAUUGUGUUGUGCUUGUAAUUUGCAUAUAAUAAUAAAUUGGAUUUAUUGUUUUUAAUUAUUUA